UGUGUGACACAGAGUGUGUGUGACACAGAGUGUGUGUGACACAGAGUGUGUCUGACACAGAGUGUGUGAGCUACUCAAUGGCUGCAGCCCAAGAGUAUCCUGUCAACAGGAACUCCUGGAUUUGAUAUGGCCACAGAAGGAAACUGAUUUGUUUGUAGUGUGUGUUCAGUAGUUUUAUCUCUCCUCUCACCCACAGAUGUGUUCACAGGUUCCAGAAAUAGGGUUUUGCUUUGAGAUGAACUGUGAAAAAAAAAUAAUGCUAGUAUUUUAUGUAAAAAGAAAAAUAUAGCCUAUGUUUUAUAUAAAUAAAUAAAAAAUAGAAAACAGGAAGAUCAGGCUUUUUCUAAACGCGAGUGUUGUGUUUUUUGCUUGUGAAGACCAUGUCACACUGGCUCUGUGGUUCAGUGGAAAUAUAAAAACGUCACUUAACCAAUGCAGGUUGCUGUGUAACGUCGUUGAGCACACUGCAGAACAAGUUUGUCAGGUGGAGGUUUUCCUUGUUGACUGGAUGGAGAAAAAAAAAAACAGAAGUUGCCAAAUCUCUGUUUGUCACCACUACACAAGCUUCAAUGUUUGAAAAAGAUGUCUCUUUUCUUGUUUGACAAACGUUGACUGCAUAAAGAAGGUAAUUGGUGAUCAGUAGCUCCAAAAAAAAAAAGAAUAAAAAAGAACAACUGAAUUAUCAUGUUUUGUUGUGUUAGACUUAACAGAAUUCACAUUAUCUGUCAGUGUGAGUUGUUGUUUUGUUGUGAGGCCGGUUUAAGUAGUUAGUAGUGUUGAAAUGCUGCCUUCUCUCUCUUCCCUUUCACGGGGCUCAACUUGCAAUCAAGGAGGAGCCGAGAGUCCUCCGGGGUUUCUCCUGGAACCUGCUCCUCAAAUAUAAAGCGCUCCCCCCAUCCACCAGGAAAGACUGAAUCAUAACUCACAAGGAGGAGCCGCUGCCUGAGCGCAAAUGUGCUCUCUCCUGAAACCUGCACUGACAUCUGACUGUAGCCUGUAGCUCUACUGAUCUAGUCACCGCUGGAUUUUAUUUAUUUAUUUCCUAAAAAGCAGCUAGAGUGAUUUUCCAGCUUUUUAAUUAGCCCGCAGUGUGUAGCCCGCAAUCAGAGAAGAGAGACAGAGACAGAAGACAACUUUUGUCACAGAGAGAGUUGAGAGGCGCAUCUUAAGUUUGGAGCGCGCAGAUGGCAGCCCUCAUCAGCAAGUUCUCGUCAUGGCCAGAGUCCUUCGAGUGUCCUCUAGGAGACGGGGACGUUGCCGACGGACAUGGCCCGCACAGGACCCCAGUGGACAAGGCUCCGGAGCCGCGGAUCAGACGGCCCAUGAACGCGUUCAUGGUCUGGGCCAAAGAUGAGCGCAAACGCCUGGCGGUUCAAAAUCCAGACCUGCACAACGCCGAGCUCAGCAAAAUGUUGGGCAAGUCAUGGAAGGCCCUGACUCCCCCGCAGAAGAGGCCCUACGUGGAGGAAGCAGAGAGGCUUCGGGUGCAGCACAUGCAGGACUAUCCUAACUACAAGUAUCGGCCUCGCCGGAAGAAACAGCUGAAACGCAUCUGCAAGCGAGUGGACCCUGGCUUCCUCCUGAGUGGGCUGGCUCCUGAUCAGAACGCCCUGCCGGACCAGCGAGCCCUCUGUCACCCCCUCGACAAAGAUGAGGGCAGCCCUAAUGGUCUCGGCAGUGGGUUUUCCAGCCCCAGCCCGGCUCUGCCCAGCGUCAGAAGCUUCAGAGACCCUGCCGGUUCCAACAGCAGCUUCGACACCUACCCCUACGGCCUGCCCACCCCUCCUGAGAUGUCCCCCUUGGAUGCCAUGGACCACGAGCAUGUACCCCCCUCUUAUUACUCAACGUCUGGUAGCUCCUCCGUCUCCUGCUCUUCCUCAGCCUCCUGUCCAGAUGAGCACCAUCAGAAUCAGUCACACAUGGGCAGCCCACCCCCUUACCACACUGACUACACUCAGACCCCAAUCCACUGUGGGGGAACACACAUAGGUCACAUCUCUCACAUGUCCCAAACCGGAGGAGGCAGUGGACUGAUCCCUGGCCCUCCACUGUCUUACUACAGUACCUCAUCUUUCCCCCAGCUUCACCACGGGCUCCACCAGGGCCACCUGGGUCAGCUGUCCCCCCCACCAGAGACACAAGGCCACCUGGAGACUCUAGACCAGCUGAGCCAGGCUGAGCUUCUGGGAGAGGUGGACCGCAAUGAGUUUGACCAGUACCUGAACUCCACUGGGCCCGGGUACCACCCUGAGCAGGGCAGCAGCAUGACUGUUACAGGACACAUCCAGGUGGCGUCAGCUGCCACUACUUCUGCCACCGCGUGUCCCAGUAGCACCACUGAAACCAGCCUCAUUUCCGUGCUGGCAGACGCAACAGCGGCCUACUACAACAAUUAUGGCAUCUCGUAAGCUUAGUCACAGCACCCAUUAAACUUGUGACUGAUAAGAGACUACAGGGUUUAAAAUGGGUGAAGAAAUUUGGGAUGGUGUUGCACGCGGGUGCUGAUGAGGGACAGAUUUCUGUGCUCCUGUGUGUAAUUUCAAAACCUUUUAGCACCUAUUGGCAAUGUCAUCCCGCCAUGAUUAAAACCUGGACUGAACUGAUUACUGAGCAAUAUGAUUGUCUGGAGCCGAGGAAAGAACAAAGAGCAAUUGGAGGAAUAUGAAGAAAAGGAGAUGGACACCUCAGGGAUGCAGACACAAAAUACUAUAGUAUGCCACCUCCAGUUGUCAUGAAAUUUCUAAACCAGAAGAACAAUCGUAAAAGACUUGUUGUCCACUUGUAAAUGUCUCCAGUUACUGUUGCCACCUAGGUGUGUACAGAUGCUCUUUAGAAGCUAAUUUAAGUCCUUUGAUGUUUCGCAUAAAUGCUAACUGUAAUGCUAUUAUCAACGCUUUCCAUUCGAAUGUUUGUAUUAUAUGUUCUUGCUCUCAUUAGUUUGGGAGUCUUACCUCAGUAGUUGUAAUUGAAUGAGGUUUUAGUUGGACAUUUCUUAUGCAAUUUAACAAAAACAGUGUAUAAUGAAGAAAAAUAGGCGUUUAUACCUUCUCUCAAGUACUUAAUAAUAUAUAAUCAUACCCUCUACGAUGAAAAAUAAUAAUGGUAACUAUAAAUGUAUGCUGAUUUAGGUUUGUGAAAGACAAUAAUUUAAAAUAAAGGUCAAUUUUUAUAUUAA